GUGGGAGGCGGAAAGCGCGCCCGCUGCGGCCCGGGGCUGCUGCUGCACUUUGAUCCGGUGCAGUUUUUCCUUUGUUGGAGAAAAGGUUUAGUCAUUCUGCGUGGUUCUUACCGGCAGGCCAGAGUGCUGCUGCCGCUGCCGCCGCUGCUGCUGCUGCUGGUGCUCCUGGAAGCCUCAACUUCGCUUCCGGAAGAAUUGGUGCUGUUAAGGCUAAAAUAAAAUUGGCAUGUUCAGAGUGCGUGUCACAGAUUCUCUGCUGGCUUUGAUGGGGCCUCUUCUCUUUCUCCCCAGAUGCUUGAGCCACUCCUGAGCAGCUCUUGCCAGCACUGUUCUGUUUGACAGAUAAGUAAGGACAAGCACAGGGUCCAACAUGAAGGCGGUGCUUAGGGGACCCAAGGAUGCGCAGAGUUGGCCUCCGCGCCCAGGUCCCCGCUCCGGGGACCACCCUCUCACAGUGCCUUGGGUGCCUGUAGAAAGAGUCUAGGCUGCACAGGGCGUGCUUAAAAAAAAAAGAAAGAAAGGAAGGAAAAAAGAUCUGGUAAUUAACACAAGUAAAGAAUAUGUUCUUUUUGUUGAUUUCUGACGUUUAUGCCGCUUUUUGUGAACUUCACCUUUUACCCAGCGCAAAUAUGGGUGGACCUUGGGUUCCCAGCAGGCCCUGGGUGGAAGCCAACUGACCUUUUUGGGGUAAGGUGAUCCUGAGCCUCAGUUCUCUGGAAUGUCCACCUUUACUUUCCUGUAAUGUGGGUUGUUUUUCUGCCUGUUUUUGGAAGUCAACAAUUGAAAUUUUGCUGCUGCUUUAGGCUUGCCUCUCUCAGUGUACAGUAUAUUUGCCACCGUGGAAGGCUGCGAGAUUGCACAAGAUUAUCAACUAGUUGUUGGACACCAGGUAACUCAGGAGAUUGCCGAAGAUGGCGGAAGCUCACCAAGCCGUGGCCUUCCAGUUCACUGUCACCCCAGACGGUAUCGACCUGCGGCUGAGCCAUGAAGCUCUUAAGCAAAUCUAUCUGUCUGGACUACAUUCCUGGAAGAAGAAGUUCAUCAGAUUCAAGAGGGACUGCGACAUCUCCUCUCAGAGGGACUGCGACAUCUCCUCUCAGAAGGGCUCCGAUGGCUCUUUACAGAGAGACUGCGAUAGCUCCUCUCAGAGGGACUGUGAUGGCCUUUCUGAUAAGGACUGCGAUGGCUCCACUGAGAGGGACGGUGAUGGCUCUUCUGAGAUGGACUGUGAGGGCUCCUCUCAGAAGGACUGUGAUGUCUUUUUUCAGAGAAACUGUGAUGGCUCCUCUCAGAGGGACUGUGAUGACUCUUUUGAGGACUCCGAAGGCUCCUCUUAGAGGGACUGUGAUGACUCUUUUGAGGACUUCGAUGGCUCCUCUCAGGGGGACUGUGAUGACUCUUUUG